UGGAUUGCAGUGCGGAAGGUGAACUUCUAUUUCCCAGGAAACCGGUGCCAGUGAGUGAACAGUGGUGAGUCCAGCCAGCAUUCCUCGCAGCAGCAGCGACAGGUGACAUACGUGCAGAAGUACAGAGACACUUCCCUGUACGGCACAGCCUCUCCCACCCGUGCACCGUGUUUCAUAAACCUCCAAGCCCCUCCACUCCUGCCACAGUGCCGAGUGAACGCCACAGUUCCACUGAGACGUGUUCUAAAGUAAAAUUAGGUCGAGAGAUUCUCUUUUCGAGGAACGGAGUUAUGGCCGACUCGUUUCUAGAACGGUUCAAGGCGCGAGCUAAGCGAGGAAAUAGCGAGGACUCGGAAAGCCAAGAGGCACAGGAGGUUGAAGAGGAUGACGGCAAGAAGCCACAGGAAAGAGGAGACCAGAGCGUCAGGCAGAUGAGCAAUGGAGGAGGAGGCGGCAGAGAGGGUGACACGAGGAUUCGAAUGGAGGCGGCCAGCGUCGCCUCGCGGCACGGUUCGGGGUUUGGCUUCGCGGGGCAGCACAAUGUGGCGCCGCGCGAGGACGUGGGAGGGGACCGGGGGAGCCUCCGAGUGAGGCACGGAGACUGCCCCGGUGCGGCCAGGGAAGACGCAGUAGCGGGGGCAGCAGCGGCGGCGGCAGCAGCGGCGGCAGCUAGCGAAGUCCGUGACAGCGAGAGCAGAAAGAUUGGCGAGCCAGAGAGCGACCACAGCCAUGACGCCAUCGGGGAGGACUUUGAGUUCCUGGACAUGCAGCAGGACAGCAGUCUGGCGGAUGAAUUUAUGCAACAUUUUGACAGAUACCUCGUGAGGCCAGCAGCGGACGAUUUGGAGCCUCUCGCGGACUCAUCUGAAGACGUGAACAAGUAUGGGAGUCACAACAGAACCGAAGCGGCUAUGGAGCGCGAGCCGCAGAUGUCGGCUCGUGAGGGCAAGGGCGGCGGGAACUCGGAGGUCGAGACGGUGGUGGGCGCAGGCGGCCAUUCUGACCUCGACCGCAAAUCCCCGGCGAGGACUCUCGAGGGGACGCCGCCGUUUGCUACGGUGGACGACGCCGCCGCCGCGGCUACGUCCAGGAGAUCCGUUGGAGGCGAGAGAGACGACGCCGCGGGGCUCCGGCGAGGUUCCCCCAUGUUCACGGCAAACGCGGGGGACGCAAAUGUGUUCCAGCGUCAUGCACCAAGCGAGGAGGCCCAACAGCGUCUGAUGGAAAAGGACGGCUGCUUUGGCGAUGCCAUCGGUCACACCGCCACCACUACGGACCGUGCCUUGCAUUCAGUGCCUGUAGAAAGGAUGAGGGCCGAAACGUCAGUCACCGACGGUCACAACACAUCAGCGCUGACGUUACAUCCGCCACCUGCAUCCCAAUCGUCAUGCGCCAUAUCGCCUCUGCUGCCACCAUUCUUAGCAUCUCCAGAGGCGCGGAGCUUUCAGCCGAGCUUCGCUCCGUCGUCGUUAAACUCGGCACCGCCAUCUCCUUCAACUACCUCACCGCGCUGGGCCAAUGAGUGCACAGCAGGCGGCCGGGAGCACGAAGGCGAUCAGGAAUUCGCCGGCGUUGCUGACAAAGAUGAUUUUGAAAAUCAUUUUUAUGUUGAGUGUUCGUCACCCCCAUUGGAUUUCACGAUCCAAAAGCAGCGAGCCUCACUCAGCAAGUUAGGAGCACUGGGCAAUCGCAAACCGGGGAAACCGCGGCCAGCAGACACGGACUCGGAGUGGAUGUACAGAGACAGCACCGAUUCUCCAAGUGCCGAGUUGCCCAAAGAGGAGCCACCCACUCAGAAGAGAGGUCCGCCAGGUGGCUUCAGGCUGCCUGCUCUGGGACCCUCCUUGCCUGGCGUGCAGAUGUUCAGGAAGAAAUCUCAAGACAGUGAACAUGGCGAAGUCUCUCCCAAACCACCAACCAAAGAAUUAUUCAAGUCUAAGAGCAGCCUGGGCCUUCCCCUGCCCGGAGCUAGAAGACAGCUGCCAGUUCCGGCCAGUGAUGACGCCGACAAACAAGGGUCGGAGCCUCCCCAAUGGUUAAAGGAACUCAAGUCAAAACAGAAAAAGCCUGCCAAGGAAUAGACACCAAUGUGAGCCUGGAAAAGGUUUUCAUCUACGAGCAGCACUGUGAAUCGUGACAUGAUGCAGGGUUAAUUCCAUAUAUCCUGAAAUGGGUAUUCUGAAUGUUUCUACUUAAGGAUUGUAUCAUUCGCAGACAAAUAAUUUUAAAUAUAUAAUCUCUGCAGGAAAAGUCUUUGCAUGUACACAGACAUAUUCGCGUACAAUAUGUUCAGGCAUUUGCAUAAGUCACUUUUUUUAUUUGCUUAGAAGUUUAAUAAAUACGCGGCUAUGCUUGUGUUAAAAACUCUUUUUAUUUUUCCAUAAGCGACCUGGCCACGAAUGAUAGCUCAACGAAGUAGCUUAUGUGGAAAUUUAUAUCAGUAAAAUCCACCAAACGCGUGUUUCUAAAUGUGGAGGGAAAAACCAAGGGACCCGGAGAAAAGUCCAUGUGACCACGGGGAGAACAUGCAAACUCCAAAUAGACUCCUGUAUGCCAGGCGAGGUAGUUAACAUCUCGCCACUGUCGCACCCCGUUUACUUUGGUAGUUUGUUUGGCCUUAGCUCUCCUCUCCUCCACACGUGAGAUUUAUCAUGGUCUUGACGGAAGCCGAUGGCUCCCCGCACACGUACCCACACAACCGGGGCACUGAGGGCCGUGCUGGUCAUACGCAAUGCAGAGGUCACGGUGGAUCGAAUAACUCAACACAGAGGUCGUCGCAGUCACGGAGAUUCCUUACAGGAUCUGUCCACCAGACACAGCUAAACAAAUUGGCACGUAUAGUAGCUGUCAAAGCGCUUUGAGUGAAGGCGCUCUGUAAAUUAUAUUAACGUGCCAAAUUAUUUCAGCUCGCGCGGGUAAGUUAAAGCACAAUAAUCCUCACGGCCAAAUAUAGCAAUCAGAUUUAUCUACCGCUUAUACCCGUGACCAUUCGCUUAGCUAUGUUGGGUGGACUUUGACACAAAUGUUACCAUAUUAGGACGUGGCCGAACCCAAACAUUCAUAAUGCAUCAGUGGUUGAAAUGCAUUUGCCGGGAGCUGGUGGCUCUGCAGCACGCGGCCUAUAACCCAGCACUGUGGAUGAGACGGCGGUGGGGGUUGGUGGAUCACGCACACGCUCAGGAAACUCCCUGCCCGUGCAGGGUAUUGCAGUAGCGCAAAUGGUGGGUUAAUUUCCUUAGUUACGGGGAUUGUUCGAUCCGCCUCGCACACGUGGGUUUUGUGAGGAUGCUCUGGUUUUAUCCCACUUGUGUAAAACACAACUCGCUCAUGGAGUUGGCCAAACAUCCCCCAAUUGUAGGACCGUUGAGCUUGAGGUAUGGUUGCCACCGGUUCUGGCUGCCUCCCCGCGUCGUGUUUGUGGCUUCGCGCGCCUCUGAAUCAUUCUCAUUCGGACUUUCUGUGCACUGUGCUCAACCUGUAAAUAAUAAAUUGCUUCACUGUUGAUUACACUG